UCCUGCAACCCAGGGAGUUGUGUUCCUGCCAUGGAUGCUUCAGAAUGGCCAGAAGAGGCCCCAGCAUCUUGUUCAGAAGGCUACUAUCCAGUGACACAAGGAGAAGUCUUCAAUGGAAGAUACCAAGUGGUGCAGAAUCUGGGGUGCGGCUACUUCUCAACAGUCUGGCUUUGCCAAGACAUGGGGAAGAAGAGGUGCGUGGCUGUGAAGGUGCCUAAGGGAGGGGAGAAUUUUGCUGAGGCAGCCCUGGACGAAGUCAGGCUCCUGCGAUGUGUGAACAGCAAGAGGAGGAAAGACCAAGCUGGAGAUCACGUCAUCCGCUUGCUUGAUGAUUUCAAAAUGAUUGGCGAGAAUGGCUUUCAUGUGUGCUUAGUGUUGGAGCUGCUGGGCCCUUCCCUACAGUCCUUGCUGAGCUGCCCGGGCAUCCAAGGUCUCCCUUUGCCCUUUGUCAAGAAAGUGACACAUCAGGUGCUCCAAGGCUUGCAUUUCCUGCACACGGAGUGCCGCAUUAUCCACGCGGACAUCAAGCCGGAGAAUGUCCUGCUGUACGUCACGGAAGAAAGCCUGAAGACCCUCCUGUACAACAUGGUCGUCUCGGGACCCAGUGAAGGAACGAAGCCGCAGAGGCCAGAUGACAUGGCUGCUCUCCUGGAUUGUUGCAACCUCAUGAAAAUGGGAGUCAAAAUUGCAGACCUGGGAAGCGCCUGCUGGACUUACAAGUCCUUCUCCAAAAAGAUCCAGACCCAGCCCUACCGAGCCCUGGAAGUCCUUCUUGGAUUAGAUUACGGCACCCCAGCUGAUAUCUGGAGCACAGCGUGCUUGGCUUUUGAGCUGGCAACGGGAGAACGUCUCUUUGAGCCUCAAGCUGGAAGGUAUUUCUCUAGAGAUGAUGAUCACGUGGCUCGGAUCAUUGAACUCCUAGGCAGAAUUCCACCCCAAAUUGCCUUGUUCUGGCAACAGGCAUCAGGUUUCUUCAACAGAAAAGGCGCCCUUCUGCGGAUGUCUCGGAUCUCCUCCUAUGACUUGUAUCAUCUCCUCACCGAUAAAUACCGGUGGCCAAAACACCAGGCAGCUCCAUUUGCCAGCUUCCUCCUGCCAAUGCUGGAGUACAUGCCAGCAAGAAGGGCACCAGCUGAGAGAUGGCUUCAGCAUCCUUGGCUCAGUACUUAA